UUUAAGUUGGCCGUGAAAAUAUCUAAAUAGUUAAUGAUAUAAAAGAGAAUAAUCCGUCGACAGUGGUGUGUCGUCGACGUUAUUAGUUUUUCUUUCGCGCAGACACGUGCAUACGUGUAAAAAAAAUCCGGCGCGAAGAGGCGCAAAAAAAGCUCGGGGGAUAGACGAUCGAGUGACAGGUGCGUCCAGAGGUGAGUUGAUAAUUCCGAUCGCGCCGCUUUUCCGCGUAUUGUAUCGUGUGUACGCGCGUUUUCAUCACCGUUCUGUUAUACACAUACAUAACUCGGAGUUCUAACGCCAGAACUAUAAAUUCCAGGUUAAUACGCUCCAAGGUGUCGAAAAUUCGAUUUCAUCGCUCGUGCCGUGAUCAAAUUAAAAGUGACGACGUUCAACUGUUCGCGACUGCUUGCGGAGCUAAUCAAGUUUUCAUUGGACGCGGGUAACUAGAUUUUAGAUUAAUUGGGUUUUUGAACUCGGGAAAUCUAGUGGCGGGUGUGGAAAAAGGAGAGUGACAGUGGCGGCGUGAAAAAUAUGUGAAGAUGCACCACCAGCAGAGCAGCCACCCCCAGUUCCUGAAGGACCCCGCCGCCGCCACGGCCAUGGACUCGGUGGCGUACCAGCAGUACUGCUACGGCUCGGGGGAGAACUGGCAGUACGGGUCGGGAGUGACGCCGAUGAAGCAGAUCGAGGCAUGCCUCCAAAGCGCCGGCAAGGACCGAAAAGCCUACUCUCCCCUAGACCAAGCCGAUUCCAUUCCCGUCGAGCCGGAACCCGAACGCGACAACAACAACAGAACCAACACGCACAACAAAAACCACAACGCCAUCGCGCCCGCGCUCACCAACGCCGGCGCCAUCCUCGAGAUGAAGCACCUCUGGGACGAGUUCCACUCCCUGGGUACCGAGAUGAUCGUGACCAAGGCGGGCCGCCGCAUGUUCCCCACCUUCCAGGUGAAGCUGUGCGGCCUGGACUUGCACUCGGAGUACAUGCUGAUGAUGGACUUCGUCCCGGUCGACGACAAGCGCUACCGGUACGCCUUCCACAGCUCGAGCUGGGUGGUGGCGGGCAAGGCCGACCCCGUGUCGCCGCCAAGGAUACACGUGCACCCGGACAGCCCCGCCACCGGGGCGCAGUGGAUGAAGCAGACGGUCUCGUUUGACAAGCUCAAGCUGACCAAUAACCAGCUGGACGACAACGGUCACAUUAUAUUGAAUUCGAUGCACCGGUACCAGCCGAGGUUCCACAUCGUGUACCUGCCGGGGAAGGGGGGGAGCAGUGCGAGCGAGGAGGGGUGCAGCGAGAACUUCAAGACGUUCGUGUUUCCGGAGACGGCGUUCACAGCGGUGACGGCGUACCAGAAUCAUAGGAUAACGCAACUGAAGAUUGCGAGUAAUCCGUUCGCCAAGGGCUUCAGAGACUGUGAUCCAGAUGAAACGGGCCCCGAAUCCGUGCCGCCGUCCGGCCAGGUCCAGCGCCAGAGGACCACCUCCCGGUCGACGCCGACCAGCUGCAAUAACAAAGACGGCGACGACCUCACCGCCCCCGACCACCUCCAGCCUGCGUCGGAGGCGGCACCCCUCUUCGGCCAGAACCGCUAUCAGCAAGCGCCGCCGCCCCCACAGACCUCCCUCCUCCAAUCCAACAUCCUCACCACCAUCGGCCAGCCCUACUCGGGCGAGCUGUGCAAUUACGGCCCUGUGUACCACCCCCACAACCUCCUCCACAACUACAACCCCGUCUACAGCAACGAGAAGGCCAUGCGGAGUCCGAACUUCGGGCGGACGGUGUACGGCAACUACUCCGGCUUCUACGGGAACAACGCCAACUUCCGGAGUCCGGCCCUGCACCAGAACGGCUACGAUUUCGGCCCCAGAUAAGUCGUCGUCGCCAUCUGUAACGAAGCCAAAGUGUGAACCAAAUCAUCAUUAUUGAAAUGUAAUUUUGUUAUUUUAUUGUACAAGUUAUGUAUUUUUGUCUUUAUUAUUUUUAUUAUUAUUAUUAAGGUGAUAGAGUAUUAUUUUUAUUUAUAUGUCGAUUAUUUAAGAUGAAUAAACUCGAUUAUAUUUUC